AACACAGAUAAGUUCACAUUUCUUGUUUCACACAUGAGUUUGUUUAGAUUUUAGGUUAUUCGGUAAAAAUUCGUGGUUAUUUUAGUUUCAAACUAAUUAAUUUCAUUCAAGAUAUUCAUAAUUUCCCUUGUAGAAUAAUGACUGACUUUGAAUUAAACGCCAGUGACUCUGAAGUUGACUCUGAUGAAGAGCUGCAAGAAGCUUUUGCUAAGGGACUAUUGCAGCCCGGGCUAAAUGAAGUUGUAGAGAAAACAGCAAAAAAUUACAUUAAUAAUGUAGCAGAACUGAAGAUAAAGUUAAAAGAAAUUAAACUAAAGUUACCAUGGGUUGAAACAUUAGACCUAGUGACUACAGUUGCCCCGAUGGCUCCGGAUAUAGCACUCCAGUUGCAAGAAACUGCUAUUAAAAGAAAGAAUGUGAAAGAAAAUACUAAAGGGAAGCAAGCGUAUGAUCCAACCCAAGACCCAGUCCUCAAUGAGUUCAAGCGAGAGAACCUGCUUCACCGGCAAGCCCAGGCCGCCGUCAUGGAAGGUAUAAAGAAAUUGAAGGAACUGAAUAUACCAACUAAGAGACCCGAAGAUUACUUUGCAGAGAUGGCAAAGAGUGAUGAACACAUGCAGAAGGUACGCAAGAACCUGCUCGCCAAGCAAGCCGCCCAGGCUCGCGUGGAGAAGGUCAGGCAGCUGAGAGACCAGAAGAAAAUUGCUAAGCGUGUACAGACGGAAGCCAAGCUGAAACAAGCAUCUGACAAGAGGGAAAUGCUGGAGAAAUUGAAACGAGUGAGGAAAGGCAAGUCCUCAGACUUGGACUUCUUAGACGACAACAAAGGCAAAAACAAUAACAAAGGAAAGGGCGCAACUGCCAGGAGUGCCAAAAAGAGGGCAAAUAAAGAUCAGAAAUUCGGAUUCGGCGGGAAAAAGAAGGGGUCUAAGUUAAACACAAGAGAGUCUUCUAAUGACAUGGAUGGAUUCAAUAGUUCCGCUAAAAAGAAACCUUUUAACUUCAAGAGUCAUAACUUUAAGGCUAAGGGUAAGAAACCCCAAAGACCUGGAAAGUCUAAGAGGAAGAAUGCUAAGAGAUAAUUAUUGUUGUAAGCUAGCCUGUAAUUUUAAAAUAAAUGUUUUCUGAUAAUAAA